AUGACUCUCCUUGCGGUACUGACCUGGCCCCCCACGCCCCCCACACGCCCCCCGUCAGAGACCAUCCUCAAGUCGAGACCAAAAGAGGAGCAACGCCACACUAUACCACACCACACCACACCACACCACACCACACCACACCACACCAUACCAGAAACAAAAGAAAACAAGACAAAACAAGCUAAGACAAAAACAAACCCAUACCAUAUAAGACCAGGGAAGACCACAACAGACAAGAAGACUAAAGAAGGCGCCGCGACAGACCAAGCCACACCAGACCAAACAAAACAAAACAAGGCCAAACAAGACCAGACAAAACAAGACAAGACAUGGUACAAGACAACACCGCACCACACCACACAACACCAGACCACACCACACCACACCACACCACACGAAGGCCCGCCAUCUCAUCAAACCAAGGCGCUCCGAACCCAAUUCUUGCCAGAGAGAAUGAAUGUUGCAUACAACGGAGAGGCGGCAAUCAUGGGAACUGAUAAGGAAUUGGCCACACCAGCGACAGAGAUAACACAACGCCAAAGACCUCACUGA